CCUGGUAUAUGUAAACACAACACAUCAUCAUCAACGUGUCAGUCCUAGUAGUGCAGUCAGCUGUGGCUUCACGUGUCAGAUAUAUAGCAAAAAUGGCUCAAAAUUCCGAAAUGAUAUUGUUAUUUGAUGUUGACGGCACACUGACCGCACCCAGGAAGAAAAUUGUUGAUGACAUGUACCAGUUCAUGACCCAAGUGAAGGAGAAGGUCGUGUGUGGGUUGGUGGGAGGCUCUGACCUGAAGAAGAUAGCGGAGCAGUUGGGUGGUAUGGAUGCACUAAUGAAGUUUGAGUAUGUUUUUGCUGAGAAUGGCUUAGUGGCUUAUAAGAAUGGUGAACUCCUCAACCAAGAGAGUAUCCAGAACCACAUGGGAGAGGAAAAGCUCCAGAAAUUCAUAAAUUUUGCUCUUCGGUACAUGGCUGACAUUACCUUACCUGUAAAGCGUGGAACAUUUAUUGAGUUCCGCAACGGCCUUAUCAACGUUUGCCCAGUCGGUCGCAGCUGUUCACAGGAAGAGAGAGACCAGUUUGGUGAAUAUGACAAAGAGCACCAUAUCCGAGAAAAGUUUGUGAAGGCACUGGAGGCAGAGUUUCCUGAUUCUGGUCUAGUGUUCUCGAUAGGUGGCCAAAUUAGCUUCGAUGUAUUCCCCAAAGGCUGGGAUAAGACUUACUGUUUACGCUUCGUAGAAAAGGACUUCAAGACUAUUCACUUCUUUGGGGACAAAACCAACAAAGGUGGAAAUGACCACGAGAUUUAUAGUGAUUCUCGCACUAUUGGCCACACGGUUACCUCUCCCGAUGACACCAAAGCACAACUCGGAGAACUUUUGGGACUUUAAUAUAAAUGUGUCAUAGUUCUGAAGCUCUAGCUCAUGUUACACACCUCAGUGCUGUGAAUACAAGGUUGUAUAAUUUAAGUGAUAGAUGAAAACAAACCUAAAUAUUAUUGACAAUCUUUAUGUUAAGCUGAGUUUUCAUUAUGAACUGACUACCAGCCAAAAUAAUUGAGUUGAGUGGUGCCUUGGCUGUAUCAUAUUGUUCUUGAAUCUACCAUUUAUUUAAUUAUAAGAAAUUAUAACUCGACCUUUGUUAAUAUCUCAACAUAUCUGUACUCAAUUUGUCCCUCACAAGUUGCUCUACUUAGUUUCAUUUGUUUAAUGAUUUACAUUAUGCAAAUUGCAGAGCCAUUGACCCUCAGCGUCUUGAAAUCCUCUUUAGGUCUUCUACCUUACAUAGAGCAGAUCCAUGAUGAAGAAUAUUUUAAUUUAUUUUAUAUAUUAGUGGGAUCAAAUGUUAUUAUUUUCUGUAGAAAGUACUGUACCUGUGUUGUUUUUUGUUGUCACUAGAUUUUGAAAACUAACCUAAUGACAGUUCACCAUUUAAUUAUUUGUAUGUUUGUCAACCAAAAAGUCUAUUUAUAUUUUAACCACACUGUUUGUUGCACCCAAAGUAAGAUUAGUUUAAUUUAUUCUCUGUAGUCUUAUAUAAAGGAUAAAAUAAAGACUAUAACUGGC